UCGGGUGAGACCGGAGGGCUCCGGAGCGUCCCAGCCUGCCAGGCGACCGCCGCUCCACGGGCGAGCAUCCCUGUCCCAGGACCUGCCCCUCGCCCAGCCCGCGAGCGCGUCGCACGAAGGCGCGUCCGCAUCCAUGCCCGGGCCAAGGGAGAAGGCGUUCGCAGACCCAGGCGUGUGAUGCGAGGCUGAGCGCGUGGCAUCCGCGUCGUGCCGGGCCGAGCCGGACGCGGGAGGAGAGGGGCGCGCUCCUGCUCUUCUAGCGGUGCGCUGGGCGGGGCGCGGCUUGUGGGGGCCCGGCCAGCCGCGGGAAGCAGCGGAGGAGCAGGCGCGCUCCGGGCCCGAAGGAGGGCACCGUUAAAGCUUUGCCAUCAAUUGUGAGCCCAGUGAGUCCGUCCUAAGCUAACACACUAACUCUACAGCCCUCACGCCCCCAAACCACCGAAGGCGGCGACACCUGAUCCAGCGCACAAACACGGGUCCCUUCUGUCCCCGGAUACAAUUACGCGGCAGAGACACAUUCAAACUCACGCGCAGCAGCCAAGAGCCGAGCUAUGAAGUCUUACACUCCGUAUUUCAUGCUCCUGUGGAGUGCUGUUGGGAUGGCGAAGGCUGCCAAAAUCAUCAUCGUGCCGCCAAUUAUGUUUGAAAGCCAUAUGUACAUUUUCAAGACACUAGCCUCAGCCUUGCACGAGAGAGGCCACCACACAGUGUUUCUUCUCUCCGAAGGCAGAGACAUCACGCCAUCUAAUCAUUACAGCCUCCAGCGCUACCCAGGGAUUUUUAACAGUACCACCUCGGAUGCUUUCCUGCAGUCCAAAAUGCGGAAUAUUUUCUCUGGGAGAUUGACAGCAAUCGAACUGUUUGACAUACUGGAUCACUAUACCAAGAACUGUGAUAUGAUGGUUGGCAACCGUGCCCUGAUUCAGGGUUUGAAGAAAGAAAAGUUUGACCUGCUGCUGGUGGACCCUAACGACAUGUGUGGAUUUGUGAUAGCCCAUCUCUUAGGGGUUAAAUAUGCUGUAUUUUCAACUGGCCUUUGGUAUCCUGCAGAAGUGGGUGCUCCUGCCCCAUUAGCUUACGUGCCAGAGUUUAACUCACUCCUCACAGACCACAUGAACUUGCUGCAAAGGAUGAAAAAUACCGGCGUUUACCUCAUUUCCAGAUUAGGGGUCAGCUUUCUGGUUCUUCCCAAAUAUGAAAGGAUAAUGCAGAAGUACAACCUGCUGCCAGAGAAGUCAAUGUACGACUUGGUCCAUGGGUCUAGUCUGUGGAUGCUGUGUACAGAUGUGGCACUGGAGUUUCCGAGACCCACUCUGCCUAAUGUUGUGUACGUAGGAGGAAUCCUCACCAAACCGGCCAGCCCACUACCAGAAGAUCUCCAAAGGUGGGUAAAUGGUGCUAAUGAACAUGGCUUUGUCCUGGUAUCUUUCGGAGCUGGUGUCAAGUAUCUGUCAGAAGACAUUGCUAACAAACUGGCUGGAGCUCUGGGGAGAUUGCCCCAAAAAGUGAUUUGGAGGUUUUCUGGAACCAAACCAAAGAAUCUAGGAAACAACACGAAGCUCAUAGAAUGGUUACCACAAAAUGACCUGCUUGGGCAUUCAAAUAUUAAAGCCUUCCUGAGCCAUGGUGGUUUGAAUAGUAUUUUUGAAACUAUGUAUCACGGUGUACCUGUAGUGGGAAUCCCACUCUUUGGAGACCACUAUGAUACUAUGACUCGGGUCCAGGCAAAAGGCAUGGGGAUAUUGCUAGAAUGGAAGACAGUUACUGAAGGAGAGCUAUAUGAAGCACUGGUGAAAGUUAUCAAUAAUCCCAGCUACCGUCAGAGGGCCCAGAAACUUUCAGAAAUCCACAAGGAUCAACCUGGUCACCCUGUCAAUCGGACUGUCUAUUGGAUAGAUUACAUUCUUCGUCACAACGGAGCCCAUCACCUACGUGCCGCUGUCCAUCAAAUCUCUUUCUCAGCCUUUUCCCGAGUCUUCUAUUCACCCCGGUGGUGUCUGAGGUGCUGGUGGAGCCCUCGUCUGUCACAGUUGUCCUGUCUUCUCUCUUCACAACCCAACUCCUACCAACGCCCAACAUGCUACUAAAAUUGAGUGACUCCACUGUGAAAAGAAAAGGUUUAAAAAUGAGAGAACCAAAACAAGGCAACAAAACCAUUUCAAGGAAUAGUUAAGUGAUCUGUUUUAUUAUUGAAAGUACAAUUAAUUCAUUUUCAUUUUUGCUUCUAAGUAAUUCAGAUGGUUUCUAAAUAUUGAAUCACAUUAGAGAAUGCUUCUUUAUAACUGGUAUAAUCAAAAAAUUUUGAAAUAGAAAAAUUUUAAAUCUUAACGUGACAAAGUUUAAGAACUAUAUAAAUUCUGUUGGUGAAAAUUCUCUAAAAUACGCAGUAAGGGGCUUCUUAUUCUUAUUUCUGGAAGGGUAAGAUUUUCAGCCAGCGUUGAAAAUCUAUGUUUCAUGCAAAUAUGUUAGUGAAAUUUUUAGAAGACAGCAAAAACAUUUUUCUAACAAAUUUUAGUUACAGGUACCUUAGGAAUCCAUGCAAUUAAAAUCUUCAUAGUGUUACUUUUCUACAAAUUCUGUAUGAUGUUUCAGGCUCCCUAUCACUUGGGUGUUUGGGUUGUUAAGUUGGGUUUAGGGGAAGAAUAGCAUGGAUGCUCUUAUUUGUCAAAAUAUAGACACUGAAAGGCACACAAUAAUUAUAUAAUUGACAUUCUUUACUUUUGGGUAAGUAAGACAUAAAUUUAAGAAAGAAUUCAUAUAGUCCACAACAUUACUGAGAAUAUGCUUAGUUUGUGUAGUAAAACUAGAUUUUUUUCAACAGAGCAAUAUGUAAUCCCAGUGGACUGAAAAAUUAGAAUUACAUGUAAAAUUACGUUAUUCAAAUAAACCAAUUAUAAUAGUGUAAGUCUAUUCAAGUCUAACACCAAUGUUAACUGUCUCAGAUAUUACAAAGCAUUUUCAUUUAUUCACUAAUAAAACCUGAAGUUCUCAUUGAAUUUUUUAUGAUUAAAA